AUGACAAAGAUUUUCUUGGGUGAUUCAGGACUGGCGCUACAGGCUAUAUUGGAGGCAGCGUUCUCUCGUUGCUUGACGAAUUACACCCCGAAUACGUCGUUCGAGCACUGGUGCGAUGGUUUCAAGGGAAAGCUCAUCGUCAUUGCCUUCUGCAAGGUUCAAAUUGUCCAAGGAGAACUAAACGAUGGCGAAACAAUUGCCCGCGAGGUCUCUGAUGCGGAUGUCGUUGUUCACUUGGCUGCAGCAGGCAACCUGAAGAGUGUUGAAACCAUCCACAAGGCGCUGUCAUCCGAGGCAGCAGCAAAACCGGUGCAUUGGAUCCAAUUAUCCGGUGCCAGUGUCCUCGCCGCUGCGGAGCUCGCCGACAAAACCCACUGCCCGGGCGAAGCAAGCGACAUUGUCUUUAACGACGGCCCUGCCGGGAUCGAAGAGCUGCGCUCCUUCAUCCAGAAACACCCAAGCCGGGUCGUAGACAACUACAUCAUCAAAGUUGGCGAGAGUGAGCCGCGGAUUAACACAGCACUGGUGUUCCCUCCUACCAUCUACGGCCGAGGACUCGGCCCUGUCAACCAGCGCAGCGUUCAGAUCCCUUCUCUAGCCAAGGCGACGCUGGACCGCCAGCGAGGCGUGCAAGUUGGCAAAGGCCUCAACCGAUGGGGUAAUUUGCACAUUGAGGACGUCAGCCGGUUAAUCUUACGCCUGGUUGAGAAGGCGGCCGAAGUCAAGAGCGAGGAGCAAGUCUGGAAUCCUAACGAAUUGUACCUGGCUGGCGUCGGGGAAACUUCUUUUGGAGAAAUCGCCCAGCUCAUUGCUACUGCGGCUGCCGAGAAGGGACUCAUUCCCACCGACAAGGUUGAUGUGAUAGACCCCGAGGAGGCAGACAGUCUGCUACUGUAUGGAACGGCGAUUUACGGAACAAAUGCUCACAGCGAAGCAAUCAGGGGCAAAGAGGUGCUGGGCUGGGUGCCCGCGGGAGAGCGCCUGGAGGACGAGAUCCCCAAAGCUGUAGCACGGGAGGCGUCUGUUAAUCAGCGAAACAGUCCAUGA